AAUCCAGCCGCGGCUCAAGGAAGGGGUGACCAAUCAUAUCGCGUUAUCGCACGGGCUUGUCCCGCCCCACUAUUCAUUCAGCAGACAGUUUACUAAACUGCAGCUGUACUACCUUAACUACAUAACGGAAACUUGCAGAUGACUUAAGAGCAUCUUUAAUCCAACAAUGAGAUGCUUGGACAGUGAACCUCUGUAGGAACUCACGGCUAACAUUAAAGGCGAGUCGACGCUGGGGAAAUGAUGUCUCUUCGACUUGUUUUGUGGUUGCUGCUGAACUUCUGUCUGGAUCUGCUCAGACAUGAAGUGUCGGGGGCUCAGGCAGCCUCAGUACCCAGUGCUGCAAAAACUAUGGUAUGGGGACCUGGAUUGGAGGCAAACAUAGUCCUACCAGCUCGAUUUUUCUUUAUACAGGCGGUGGACAGCUCGGGGAGAAAUUUCACAACUUCACCUGGUGAGAAGACCUUCGAGGUAAAGAUGGUCUCUCCUGCAGAGCCGUUUGUCAGGAUAUGGAUCCAGGUUCUGGAUCGUAAUGACGGCUCCUUCCUGGUCCGCUACAGAAUGUAUGCCACCUAUUCAGACCUGCAGAUCAACAUCCUGCUUAAGAACAAGCAUGUUGCCAAGUCGCCAUUUAUUCUCAAAGGCCGAAGCUGCCACGAGGGCUGUGACUGUCCCCAGCCCAGUGGGUCUGUAUGGGAGGAACAUAUGCACUGCUCUCAGUCCUUCCCACAGAUGGACAGAGACCUGGCUCAUUAUGCAAGUGUCGACCCAGAUCGCAAUGCAGAGGAGAUCCCGCAACGUUUUGGACAGAGACAAAGCCUCUGUCACUACACUGUCAAAGACAACAAGGUCUAUGUUCAAACGUUUGGAGAGCAUGUAGGUUUCAGAAUCUUUAUGGAUGCCAUCCUGCUGUCGCUCACCCGGAAGGUACAGCUCCCUGACGUGGAGUUCUUUGUAAACCUUGGUGACUGGCCGCUUGAGAAGAGGAAAUCCACUGAGAAAAUUCAUCCUAUCUUUUCCUGGUGUGGCUCCAACAGUACCAGAGAUAUUGUCAUGCCCACCUAUGACCUGACUGAGUCGGUCCUUGAGACCAUGGGAAGAGUAAGUCUGGACAUGAUGUCAGUGCAGUCCAAUACUGGGCCACUGUGGCCAGAGAAGAAUGCCACAGCUUUCUGGAGAGGCCGGGACAGUCGUCAGGAGCGUUUGGAGCUGGUCAAGCUUUCCAGGGCUCAUCCCGACAUGAUAGAUGCCGCCUUUACCAACUUCUUCUUCUUCAAACAUGAUGAGAGCCUCUAUGGGCCGCUGGUCAAACAUGUUUCUUUCUUUGACUUCUUUAAGUACAAGUACCAAAUAAACAUUGACGGCACAGUGGCAGCGUAUCGACUGCCGUACCUGUUGGCUGGAGACAGCGUGGUCUUAAAGCAAGACUCCAGUUAUUACGAGCACUUCUACAAUGAACUUCGACCGUGGGAGCACUACAUCCCAAUCAAAGCAGACCUCAGCGACCUGCUGGAAAAGAUCGAGUGGGCUCGCGACCACGAUGAAGAGGUGAAGAAAAUUGCUCUAGCUGGUCAGCAGUUUGCCCGCCAUCAUCUAAUGGGGGACAGUAUUUUUUGUUACUACUACAAACUUUUGAAGGAGUAUGCCAAACUUCAGGUCACAACUCCAAAGGUUCGAGAAGGCAUGGAGCUAGUAGAGCAGCCCACUGAUGACCUGUUCCCAUGUUCCUGCCACAGGACGAGGUCAAAGGAUGAACUUUGAUGACCUAACAUCCAGCUACAGAGAAAUCCUUCACAUCUCAUAUACUGCCAAAGAAUUUUAAAAGUGUAAAAGAAAAAGUAUGAAUGUCAUCAAUAUUACAUUUUCUUUUUUGAAAGAAAUAAAUAUUUUUUAUAUG